AUGGCCAUCCGUGCAGUAAUGGGCGAUCCAGUCUCCUUUAACAUGGAUGGUGGAAAGUACACCCACAUUGUUCUCAACGACGAAUCCGAUGCUGAGACUCUUGAUGACAUGAGUCUCUACUACAACAAGUCUGUCCCAAUCUACAUCUUGGACCCAAACGAGGAGGCCGAUGACAUUGGUACUGGGAUCCUGAAGUUCCUGGAUAUCUGGCUCUACCGACAGUGGUUCAAACCGUACGAGUCCGACAUCAAUUUUGGCCGCUAUAUUGCCAGGACCACUUUGCUUCGGUGGGAGAAAACGUCUCAGAAGCCUAGUCUUGACGAUAUCAACCACUUCCACGAGGAAAGGCACAUUUGA